AUGGCGAGCGGUUCAGCGUCGGCCUCGCCCCGGCCAUGGCGGUCGUCGGCGCCGCGCUGGAGGCGGAAGCAUGCGUCCUCGACGUGGACCCGCCCACCGCCCGGACGCUGCUGGGCUACGACUGGAGCAGGCGUGGCCGUUUGGGUGACCCUGCCGAGCCUCGACGACAUCGUCGAGCGGAACAAGGCGAGCUUGGAGGCCGAGACGUCCGACGGCGCCGAUCUGGAGCGCCGGCUGGCGCCUCUGCGCAGCCAGGCGACGCAGGACGCGGAGUGGGCGCUCACCAGCGGCGCCUUCGACUUCACGGUUCUGAACGUGCGCAGGGAGGAGGCCCUGCAGGAACUGCUGCGUGCGGCGGCGUACUGCUUCGAGGACCCCUUCUGA